AACAGAAAGGAAAGAUGAUUCAAAAAGCACAAGAAUUCAAAGGUCUCGGGUUCUGAGAAACUCCUUUGGCCCUUGUCCUCCUCUGAAGCUUUAGGGUUUUUUUUCUCAACGCUCAUUUGCCAUUGGCCAUAAGUGGCAUUUCCAAGAUAAAACGAACCGCUAUUUGACUCUAUUCUACGAUUUCACAUAGUAUAGCAAUCAAUUACUUCUCACUUCCGUUUCAGUGAACCGAAACUUUGAAAAAUAUCGACAUUACUGAGCAACACGAAAUUUUGAGAGGAAAAGAAAAUGUCCAUUGCUGAUGAGCCGCUAUAUCCCAUAGCAGUGCUUAUAGACGAACUGAAAAAUGAUGACAUUCAGCUACGAUUGAACUCGAUACGGAAGUUAUCUACGAUUGCCCGGGCUCUUGGGGAGGAGAGAACGCGUAGGGAGUUGAUACCCUUUUUGGGUGAGAAUAAUGAUGAUGAUGAUGAGGUACUUCUUGCAAUGGCUGAAGAGCUGGGGGUGUUUGUUCCUUUUGUCGGCGGAGUGGAACAUGCUCAUGUGUUGCUCCCACCUUUGGAGACGCUUUGCACUGUUGAGGAAACUUGUGUGAGAGAUAAAGCUGUGGAAUCACUUUGUAGGAUUGGAUCACAAAUGAGGGAAAGUGAUUUGGUUGAAUAUUUCAUUCCUUUGGUGAAGAGGUUGGCAGCAGGUGAAUGGUUCACUGCUCGAGUGUCUUCAUGUGGGCUAUUUCACAUUGCUUACCCUAGUGCACCGGAAAUGUCAAAGACAGAGUUAAGAUCAAUAUACAAUCUGUUGUGUCAAGAUGACAUGCCUAUGGUUAGAAGAUCUGCUGCAUCAAAUCUUGGAAAGUUUGCUGCAACUGUUGAAUACACUCAUUUGAAGGCUGACACUAUGUCAAUUUUUGAGGAUCUCACUAAGGAUGAUCAAGAUUCUGUUAGAUUGUUGGCUGUGGAGGGUUGUGCUGCACUUGGGAAGCUGCUGGAGCCACAAGAUUGUGUCGCACAUAUACUACCGGUUAUUGUCAACUUCUCACAGGAUAAGUCGUGGCGUGUGCGAUACAUGGUUGCAAAUCAAUUGUAUGAGCUUUGUGAAGCUGUAGGCCCUGAACCUACCAGAACGGAAUUGGUCCCUGCCUAUGUGCGGUUGCUUCGAGACAAUGAAGCUGAAGUACGGAUUGCAGCUGCAGGGAAAGUGACCAAGUUUUGUAGGAUUUUAAAUCCGGAUCUCUCAAUUCAGCAUAUUCUUCCUUGUGUGAAGGAACUGUCAUCAGAUUCUUCACAGCAUGUUCGCUCUGCUUUGGCUUCAGUGAUAAUGGGAAUGGCUCCGGUGUUAGGAAAAGAUGCAACAAUUGAGCAACUUCUUCCUAUUUUUCUUUCCCUUUUGAAGGACGAAUUUCCUGAUGUGCGCCUAAAUAUCAUAAGCAAGCUUGAUCAAGUGAAUCAGGUCAUUGGAAUUGAUUUAUUAUCUCAAUCUUUGUUACCGGCCAUUGUUGAGCUUGCUGAGGAUAGGCAUUGGAGGGUUCGACUUGCAAUAAUAGAAUAUAUACCCUUGUUGGCAAGUCAAUUGGGUGUUGGUUUUUUUGAUGAUAAGCUUGGUGCUCUUUGCAUGCAGUGGUUACAGGACAAGGUUCAUUCAAUCCGUGAGGCAGCAGCUAACAACUUGAAGCGCCUAGCUGAAGAAUUUGGUCCUGAGUGGGCUAUGCAAAACAUAAUUCCACAGGUUCUGGAUAUGAUUGGUAAUCCGCAUUAUUUGUACCGAAUGACCAUACUUCAAUCCAUCUCUCUGCUUGCUCCUGUGAUGGGACCUGAAAUCACUUGUUCAAAAUUAUUGCCUGUUGUUAUUACUGCAUCUAAAGACAGAGUACCCAACAUUAAGUUCAAUGUGGCAAAGGUCUUGGAAUCAAUCUUCCCCAUAGUGGAUCAAUCUGUUGUGGAAAAGUCUAUCCGACCUAGUCUGGUUGAGCUCAGUGAGGAUCCCGAUGUUGAUGUAAGAUUUUUUUCCAAUCAAGCACUUCAGGCUAUUGAUCAUGUCAUGAUGUCUAGCUAGGCUGCAAUCUUUACCACACGCAUUAGAUGGAAGCCUUUUGUGGAGAUGUUAAUGUUUCCACCUAUCGGAAUUCUUGUGUUCUACUUGGGUUCUUCUCAGCGAUAGUUAAGUGGUUUUGUGAGCUACAUCCUAGUAAAAAACGAUUUAUAUGAUUUUGUUCCCUUGUAUAAUUUUAUGCUAGUUGUAUCAUUACUAGGUUCCUUUUGUUGUCAGAGAUUAAAUUGCUGGUCCUGUGACUGCUAAAAUAGGAUUUUCAAAUGUUAAGGACUCUAUAUAGGUUAAGUGUGAUCAAAUCUUAGCUUGUAAAACUGUAUUUUUCUGUUAGUUAAUUAUCUAUAUUUGCAAAGAGCAAAAA